GCAGUAAUAAUUGAAAUACUCUUUCUCUAUAUAUGACUGCAAUUCAAACAUGCCUGCAUGCUUAUUACAUCACAAGUACUUCCUCUGAAGAGAUCGAACUUUGCUUGUAGUUGCAUGAAAAUGGUCGACGUCAAUGCCAAGAAUCGUGGUGGUGGCCCAGACCUCUUUGGUGAAAAGAUUGAAGGAGAGGCGGAAAAUGGAACCAUGAGCUUCACUAGGAGUUAUCAGCCUCCUCAACAUAGAGAUAAGGAAUAUUCAGCCAUGCAGAUGCUGUUGCUGGCUUACCAAUCUCUUGGAGUAGUCUAUGGAGACUUGGGGACUUCUCCUGUCAAUGUUUUCUCGUCGACUCGCUUGACGAACCUCUCCGAAGAAGAUCUUGUAGGAACACUAAGCCUUAUUAUAUGGACACUGACAUCUCUAGUGCUGAUCAAAUACGUGUUCGUUGUGCUGCAUGCGGAUGAUCAUGGUGAAGGUGGGACUUUUGCUCUGUAUUGUUAUAUCCGUCGACACGUGAAUUUUCACAGCAAGUUCUCAGUUCAGUACGCGAGGUUGGAAACCAAAACGAAUGUGACAUGUGAUGGUGGAGGGAGGUUUAAUUUGGGCAAAAGAAUAAAGAAAUUUCUUGAGAGGAGCUCUACUGCUCAGGACUUUCUUACUGUUCUUGCUUUGCUAGGAACUUGCAUGGUUAUUGGAGAUGGAGCACUGACUCCUGCAACUUGUGUUCUUUCAGCCCUACAAGGAAUCCAGUCCCGUUCCUCCAAAAUAACACAAGACCAUGUAGUUUGGCUGUCAGUUGUGCUUCUGUUAGCCCUCUUCGCUUGCCAACGUUGUGGAACUAGAAAAGUUAGCUUCUCUUUCUCUCCUAUAAUGCUAAUGUGGUUUGCCACCAAUACCUCAAUUGGUGUGUAUAAUAUUAUCAACUAUCAUCCAUCUAUUCUCAAAGCUGUCUCCCCACACUACAUUGUCAAGUUCUUUAUGAAUAACGGCAAGACUGCAUGGGAUCUUCUUCGAGCUGUUUUCUUGGGCAUAACAGGGGCUGAGGCCAUGUUUGCUGAUUUGGGUCACUUCAACAGAAGGGCAAUCCAGAUUGGUUUCUCCUUUGUUGUGUAUCCAGCAUUAGUCAUCACAUAUGCUGGCCAGACGGCUUAUCUAGUUAAGAACCCUGAGAAGAUCACAGAUGCCUACUACAGUUCACUCCCGGAGCCUGUGUACUGGCCAAUGUUCGUUAUUUCUACACUAGCUGCAGUUGUUUCCAGCCAGUCGAUGAUCUCUGCAUGCUUUUCCAUCAUAAAACAGUCACUUUUUCUGGAUUGCUUCCCACGGGUUAACAUAAUUCAUACAUCUUCCCAGCACGAAGGCCAAGUCUACUCCCCUGAGAUCAACUACAUUCUCAUGAUUCUCACAGUCGGUCUUGUCGUUGGAUUCAAAGGUGGCGUUGAACUAGCAAAUGCAUAUGGUAAGACUUUUAUCUUUCCAACAACAUUAAAAUCACUGUCCAAAAUUGGGUAUUGCUUGGAAGCGUCUAGGACCAGCAGAUCGCAAGUGAUCUCUACCACCCAAGCAAAUUGGCAAACGUGUGGUUGUCAUAUGGGUUAUGGUUACAACCAAAGUCUUCACAAGUUUAAUGAUUAUAUGGAUGACCAUGUCGUGAUUGAGCUUUCCAUGAUGUUUACAGGUGUAGUUGUGAUAUGGGUUAUGAUUAUAACCACAUUUUUGACAAGUUUAGUGAUGCUGAUUAUAUGGAAGACAAGCGUAGUUUUCGUCCUAGCCUUUUUCUUGCCUUACAUGUUGAUAGAGAGCAUAUUCAUGACAUCCUUGCUAAACAAAAUCCCACAAGGAGGAUGGGCACCUUAUGCCAUCUCGGCUUUCUUCUUGAGUGUCAUGCUAUCAUGGACAUACGGACGGAGUAAACGGAUUGCAUAUGAAGCAGAAAGAGAGAUGAACAUAAGGGAAAUGGACCAAAUGUUAUCGAGUAGCAACAUCUACCGAACACCAGGGAUUUGCUUUUUCUUUACAGAUCUUGUAUAUGGCAUUCCACCCAUUCUUCAUCAUUAUGUUCAAAACACAAACGCAGUACGGGAAGUCAUGGUGGUCGUUACUACCAGAACUCUACCAAUCAAAACUGUUCUGCCAGAGGAUAGGUGGAUUGUCGGGAAACUGGGAAAUCAAGGGGUAUACAGGUGUUUGGUGCAGUAUGGUUACAAGGACUCUCAGGAUAUGAAAGGACAUGAUUAUGUUGCUUCAGUAGUGACUCAACUUGAAGGGAUUAUUGAUACAAGGAAUGAAAAGCAAAAAAUUCAAUCAGCUGCGCAGAAAGAAACUGUAUUCAUAAUAGGCCGGACAAUCCUCAAAGCAAACAAGGAAAGUGGAAUGCUUGCCCAAUUCAUGAUAGAUUAUCUAUACAGGUUUCUUCAGAAGAACAGCAGGUCAGCAGUUUCAACACUUGAAAUCCCAUCACAAAGAACAUUGCAGAUUGGAAUGUUAUAUGAGAUCUAAAAUCAGGCCUGAAGUAAGUUUGUCGGGUGUGAUGGGUAACAGAGUUGGCAGAAAUGUAAGCUCCAAGGACAAGAUCACAUUUUUCACCAGGUAUUCAAUUGUAUCCCAAUAAACGCCAAAUCAUGGAAAUCAACAAGAGAAUGACGAUAUUAUGUAUUCAAGCACUAGAGUUGGUUUCCAUAGUACACCAGUGACGAACAAUUUCAAUGCGCCGUAUCACCUUUAAUACUUUCUUCCCGGCAAGUAUAAACCAUGUCGAAUAUUUAUCUACCAUUCCAUGGUAAGAAAUUAUCAUACUCAGAGCACAAGCCACUACAGAAUGCCACGUUAGACAAAUUAGAUUCUUGAUGUAUAUCCAGGUGAAGGAUCACUGUAUUUUCCAUAAUCACCAUCUAUCUAAACAGCAACAUCACAUUCUCACAGGCCAAGAAAAUGUUUAGGUUGGAGUUAAGAAGGAAGAAAUAAGCAAUCAAGAUAACAAGUGCACGAUAUAAAAUUGUAGGAAACAUUUCAAAGAUGAACUACACAUACAAACAGUUUGAAAGCAACAUGUCUUUCCUUUUCUUCAGAGCACAUCUUGGACCUCUAUUUAGUCCAAAUU